GUCGAGGCGUUCAGCGAGCAAGGACUCACGGCUAUCUACGCCUAGAACCAGUGCUCCUGUCCUCUCUCCCCCAGAUGACCUUUCAAGUCUUUCUGUGAGCAGAGAACCAGCGUUGUCUACAUCUGGGAACAGUCUUCCGGCGCCUCCAGAUGCAGUUUCAACCCCGACGGCUGAAACGCAGCUGGACGAGAAGAACAAGGCUGCUUCUUGUGCGCAGGAGCUUUGGGACGAAGCCUACGACCAAUUGAAGAUUGAAGAGACAAGGUUAUUGCAAAUGUACGAAGUGAUUCUGUCAAACAGGAUCAACGACCCCAACUUUCAGCCGUCUGGUGGAAUCGAUGUAAACAUCAUCGGGACGGGAGAUGAACGACGGGCCCAACUACUGCAGGUGAUCGACGCGGCCCAGAGGAAGAGGCAGACAGAGGCUAGAGUCAAAGAGAGAAUGGGAGAAGGAUUGGAAAUCGUCAACUCCGUCAGAUACAUCAUAACCGCAGCAGUCCAGGCCGCACCGCAGGCGGCUCUUCCAUGGUCCCUUGUGACUAUGUCUCUGGAUGUUCUGCAAAAUCCACUGAAGCAACAUCAAAGGAUUACCGAGGGGAUAUCCUAUACCACGAAGCGGAUGGAGUGGUAUUGGAGUUUGUCGAAUGACCUAUUCGAUCGAGCUGGAUCCGCCAAUCCUGGCAUCACGCCUAAUAUGCGAACUGCCUUACUCGCCCGACUUAGGGAGCUCUACAAGAAGAUAAUACUAUUCCAGGUCAAGUCAAUCUGCUCAUACUACCGCAACCGUGGGCUACAGUUGCUCCGCGAUGUUGCCAUGGUUGACGAUUGGGAAGAGAGUCUGAAAGAGAUUCGAGUUCUCGAACAAGAGUUUCAAAACGACUGUACCGCCUACAUGGGUCUGGAGAGGACCAGUCUGAGCCGUCAAAUCAAGGACUGUCUCGAGAAUCUUAUUGCUUUGCAAGUCAAGGAUCUAGAGCAGCAGGACCGAGACUGUUUGAGAGAUCUGUAUAUCACCAAUCCGCGGGACGACAGGAAGCGCCUCCUGGAUGCAAAAGGCGGGCUUUUACCGGAUUCGUUCGAUUGGGUAAUGAAGAGUGCCACGUUCCAACAGUGGCACAGAGAAAAACAGACCAAUCUUCUCUGGAUCAAAGGGGAUCCUGGAAAAGGAAAGACCAUGAUAAUCUGUGGCCUCUGCGAAGAAUUGGAGAACAUGGCGCCUUACCCAGAUCUGGUUUCAUACUUCUUUUGCCAGGGCACUGAUCCGAACUUCAACAGCGCCACUGCUGUUUUACGCGGCUUGAUUUAUCUCCUGGCCAUACAAAGACCGUCCCUUAUCAGCCAUCUGCAGGAGGAGUACAAGAUUGUCGGAAGCAGAGCCCUCUUCGAUGGACUCAAUGCCUGGGUCACGUUAUCGGGCAUAUUCCGAAGAAUGCUACAAGAUCCGGCCUUGGAGAGUGCCUGCCUGGUACUUGAUGCCUUGGAUGAGUGUGAUUCCGGCCGCAAAUACCUUUUGGAUCUCAUUGUUGAAAGCACUUCAGUCGCGCCUCACGUCAAAUGGGUCCUCUCGAGCCGGAACUUCCCUGAUAUUGAAGCCAAAAUGACCAAGUGUCAAACGGCUGUUGUGAUCGAUCUCGAGAUGAACGAAGGGCAUGUUACGGACAGCGUUGACGCAUACGUUCGCGCAAAGAUACAGCAACUCAAUCUCAUCCAAGACAAUGAGGAACUCCACACAAAAUUGCAUCGUGCCAUUAUCGAGAAAU